AUGGACCCGCUGCAAGGGAGAGGCGGCGCUGCCACCAACAUUUUCGGGCUCGCCACGUUCGAGCACGCCGGCAAGUUGAAGAUUCUGGUCGCUACCCGGUUGGAGCUCUACAUUGUCGAAGCCGUCGAAGCAUACGGCGGGGUCAAGUUCCGGUCAUUCCCCUUCCCCACGCCUCACAACAACCAGAUCCUCGCCAUCGACUCGUUCACCCGUGGCCCGCAGAAGGCGCCCACUAUCACCAUCGUCGUCGCCUCUCCCGAGGGCAAGGCGCUGCUCAUCGCCUACGGUCUCAGCUCGACCGCGUCGGUGCCCCUGAUCACCCUCUCCAACGACAGCUGCGCCAUUCCGCUCGACUUUAUGCCGCUCUCCCUUUCGCACACCACGCUGUACGAUGAGCAGGGUGAUGACCAGGAGGUCGUCCUGGUCUCGGGCUACGACAACAAAAUGCACCUCUUCCAACAGACGUCAGAACCGGGCGCCUUGACGGAAUGCGAGCCGAGCCUGCGUGACUCGGUGCUGCCUGAGUUUGCAGAGCCGCCCGGGCCACCACUGUGUGUGGACAUCUGGCAGGCGCCCGGCAUCCGCGUGACGGCGUACGGCUGCCACAGUGGCCAGGUGUGUCUCUCCAUAACCAACGAGGCGGGCACCACGCACGAGGAGGCCGUGUUGGAGGGUCCGAUCAGUAGCGUCAAGAUAUUCAGCCCGCGGUCGUCGAGGCAGUGCCGCAGCAUCGGCGCCGACGAGGAGUGCAUGCACCCCGAGGUGCUGAAGCUGCACAAGAACAUGGAGCAGGCCUCCUCCGAGCACCCGCCACCAUCAUCUCCCGCUUCGUCGUCGUCUUCUUCUUCAUCUACGGCCUCCUCCUUCACCCUCUCCACGUCGGAUUCGUUCACUCUUCCUUCCGACGCCGGAGGUGAUCCGGCCGCUUCUUCUCCCGCUUCUGCUUCGUCGUCGUCGUCGUCUUCUUCUUCUUCACAGCCCUCGUUCUCCUUCUCCUCCUCCGCUCCCCCUCUCGACGACGUGCACCUGGUCGUCGGCGGGGCCUCAGGCUACGCCAUCGUCUACCACUCCAUCAUCAAAAACGGGCUCAACCAGCCGCUGCAGCUGGAGCAGUCGGAGGCGUUCGAUUCGGUGCUGUCGUGCGAGGUGACGGACAUCGACUGGGACGGGUGCCUCGAGAUCCUGAUCACCACCUUCUCCCAGGAGCUCCUCGUCUACAAGCUCACCCCGCCCCCCUCCUCGCCACCACCCCAGUACGCCCCGUCCCUCUCCCAAUCGUAUGAUUCUCCUCGUAUCGACGAUUGA